AUGUCAAAAGCAAAUGAGAAAAAACUGAACGUUGAGUACUACGGAGACGAUGUAUCUGUGAUUCCCAAGGAGGACGAUGUACUUAUAACUGAAGACAAUAAAUUCGGACAAACUGAGCGGUCUUUGAAAUCAAGGCAUGUUCAGUUUAUAGCUCUGGGUGGUUGUAUAGGUACUGGUCUGUUUGUGGGAUCAGGAGCUAUUCUUCAAAAUGGUCCUGGAAGUUUAUUGUGUGCAUAUAUUUUAAUGAGUUUUGUCAUCUGGAGCGUGAACAACACGCUUGGAGAAAUGACUACUUAUCUGCCUGUCAAGGGAAAUUCUCCUGGACUGAUGAUUGGUAGAUACGCAUGCCCUGAUCUCAGUUUUGCUGCCAACUAUAUCUAUGUCUACUCGUUUGCAUUACUAGUACCAUCAGAAUGUGUUGCCGGCGCCAUUGUAGUUGAAUAUUGUAAGUCCUAG